AUGUUUAUAGUAACAUUGCAAUUGAAAUCCAGUCAUGGCUUCUGUGUUGUGAUGUUGUUGUUGUUGCUUACAGUGCCAAGUGUUCGAAAUUUGUCAAUUAUGCAAAAUGUUAAUAGCACAACCGCCCACACCGCUGCAGCGAUACGCGAUAUUGUACUGGAGUAUUAUGUGCGACAUUCUCAGGACUUUAUGUUAACUGUGCACAUGAAGUCACGUCAUGCGCUGAACUUAGCCAGUGAUUUAUUAAGUCAAUUGUUGCCACAUUUGUCUGCGAUUAAAGUACAAAUUGAAACAAUCAAUACCACGAUAAGGAGUACCUAUAAUCGCAAACAUAAUUUAAUAUUAAUCGAUGACGUUGAAGCUUUAAGAGAACUAAACCCUGCUAAGUGGACAAAGGAUUAUGAUUUUGUGGAGUUGUAUUUACUGUAUAUAUUACAGAAUAAGAGCUUAACGGUGCGCAAUAACAAUCUGAUUGACGUCUUUAAUUACUUCUGGCACAAUUCCAUAACGCAUAACGUAUACAGUUGUAGGAGUGUUUCAGUAAAAAUUCUGAAUAAAUACAAUGGUACUUGGAUUAACGACUUACAUAAAGUUCAAAACAUAUUUCCUGCCAAACUAUUGAAUUUGAAUAAUUGCACGCUGAGAAUAGCUUUAUGGCACACCCCACCUUAUUUGAGUUACUUUCCUAACAAGACUGGUAUGGAGAGAAUUGAUCAUUUUGAAGGAGAACUGAUAAAAGUAAUAGCAAAAAAAUUGAACUUUUCAUUAGAAUUUGUUGUACCACCAAAUGAUGAACGACGCGGCUUAAUAUUUGACAAUGGCACUACUACAGGAGCUAUAAAAUUGUUAAAAACACAUGUAGCUGACAUCAGUCUUGGCUGCUUUCGUCUCACAUUGGAGCGUGCCAAAAUACUCACGCCUGCUCUGCCAUAUCAUCAGACAACUCAGGUGUACAGUAUACUGUUGUCUAAUAGAGCAUACACUUCACUCGAAAUUCUCAGUUUCCCUUUUGAUGAACUCACUUGGUCUUGUAUUUGCCUUAUUUUACUUGUAAUGUUUUUUACAACUACUUUCAUACAAUACUCCUUUCAUAAAUAUAAAUCUCGCAGAACUAUGUUGGGGAAUAUAAAAACCAAUUCAAAAUUUAUCGACAUAUUUGCUACGUCUAUGUUGGAGAAUAUAAAAACUAAUUCAAAAUUUAUCGACAUAUUUGCGGUAUUUAUCGGAAGCAGCAUAAAGAAAGCACCAAGAGCAAAUUUCGCACGAUGUCUAUUUUUUUUCUGGUGUAUUUAUGGCCUUACAUUGCGUACAGCAUACCAAAGUUUGCUCUAUAAAUUAUUGGAAACAGAUCUAUAUCGAAGCCCACCAAGAUGUAUAAUAGAUUUAUUAGCUGAUAAAUACAAAUUGGUAAUGUUAAAAACCACAUUUGACUCUGUUAAGAAAGAAACAUAUAUUGAGAAAGGAUUAAUCGAUGUUAUAAUCCAACACAGUACAGAUGAUCUGAACCCUUUUAACUACCUAGUAUUGGAACGUAAUAUACCCUUAGCUGCUGUCUCGCCGUUGGAUUUUCUUGCUCUCUACGAGUCAAUUCAUAGAAAACAUGAAACAUUUUACGUUCUACCAGAAAUAAUUUUUUCUCAGCAAAUAACUAUGUAUUUCAAGAAACACUCCUAUCUAACAGAUCGUUUUGAUAAAAUUUUACUACAAUUAAGAAGUCAGGGCCUUAUAAAUUACUGGGCUCAAAAAAGUUUUCUUCAAACUAUGUUCCGUAAACAUAAAAAUGCCAUAGUUAAGCCAAUUAAUUUAUCACAUGUAUCGGUAUAG